CUCUCUCUCUCAUUUAUCUGUUUCUCAGUCUCUCUCCCAUCUUUUUCCUCUCUUUCCCUCAUUUCUGUGUCUUUUUUUGUUCCCUCUCCAUCCCAUCAAAGAGAGAUAGAUACAGAAAGAGAGAGAAAAGUAGUGAGGGAGAGAGAUGGAUAGAAAUGUGAGAGGGUGGACAAAGAAGAAAAUGGGGGGAGGCGGAAGAAACAUUAAUGAGAGAGAGAGACAGAAAGAAGAGAGAUAAAAAUGAGAGAGAGAGAGGCAAAGUGAUGUAAAGAAACAACAAAUAAUUAUAAAAUUAAAGGAUAAAUUAUAAAUAAUUGUAAUAUAUAAAUAUAUAGUGAUUAGAAAGAUGUGAGGUUUCCUUGUCCCCAAUCCGACAAGAGCAAAGAAGAGUACAGAAAGAAGCAGGCUCAUAAUGUCAAAAAACAGACAAAAGAAAUGGUUCCUCCUCAUUUCUCAAUCCUCAUCUAUCUAUAUUCUAUCUCUUUCAAACCUAAUAAUUUUACCAAAUCAUCCCAUUUUCGCAACACACCAAACCCAUUUUACCAUUCAAUCCAAUCCAUUAACCAUACCCUUUCUAUUCCAACAAUCAUACCUCGGCCAUGGCUACUUCUUCCAUGGCUGAGACCGCCAGCACCAGUGGAUCAUCAUCUUUAUCAUCUCCAAUUAUUAACUUGGCUCCUGACCAUCUCUUCUCAAUCUUACUUCUACUUCCCAUAGAUUCGAUUCUCUCGUUUUCUAUGACCUGCAAGAGAUUCAGGUCCUUCACAAGCUCUGAUGCUCUCUGGGAGUCCAUUUGCAAGAGAGACUGGGGACCCACAUCAGUUGAUGCCCUUAAGUCUUCUGCCAAUAAUCAAAACUUGUCAUGGAUGAGGUUGUACAAGCAGGUCUCGCAGCUUGACUCGGUUACUUGCCAUAAGUUGUCUGACGCAGAUCCUGAAUCGGUGCUUCCUAAACCCAGGGCUUCUCACUCUCUCAACUCUGUGUCUGAUUGCUUGGUUUUGUUUGGUGGCGGCUGUGAAGGAGGACGCCAUCUUGAUGACACAUGGGUGGCAUAUCUAGGGAAUGGUGUUCGAAGGACCUUCAAGUGGCAGAAGGUUGAUUCAGGAGUUCCAAGUGGCAGAUUUGGGCAUACAUGUGUUGUUUUUGUCCAUCACCUUGUCCUCUUUGGAGGGAUUAAUGAUUGUGGGAUCCGUCAAAAUGAUACAUGGAUUGGGCAACUAGUCUUUAGUGAUAACCUCUGUAUCUCACUCUCAUGGAGACUACUCAAUGUACAAUCCCAUGCACCACCACCACGAGGGGCUCAUGCUGCAUGUUGUUUUGAUCAAAGGAAGAUGGUUAUCCAGGGAGGAAUUGGGUUGCACGGCGUUAGAUUAGGUGACACUUGGGUUUUGGAACUUUCAGAAAAUCUUUGUUUUGGAACAUGGCACGAACUUGUUGCUCAUCCAUCACCUCCUCCUCGUUCAGGACACUCAUUAACGUGCAUUGGAGGAACUAGAAUGGUUUUAUUUGGUGGAAGAGGAUUGGGAUAUGAGGUGUUAAAUGAUGUUUGGCUGUUGCAGAUAUUUGAUGGUCAGCUAAAAUGGGUGCAGAUGUGUUUUGAAUUGCAAAACAUACCUGAAGGAGUCUCGCUCCCACGAGUUGGUCAUUCAGCUACGCCAAUUUUGGGAGGUCGCGUGCUAAUAUAUGGAGGUGAAGAUUCAUACAGACGUAGGAAGGAUGACUUUUGGGUGUUAGAUAUUAGUUCAAUUGUAUACACUCAAGUUCAGCCAACUGCAUUGCGUGCAAAUAUGUGGAAAAGGUUGAAGUCAAAAGGUUAUAAACCAAAGAGCAGGUCAUUUCAUCAAGCUUGUGCUGAUAAUUCAGGGCGUCAUUUGUACAUGUUUGGUGGGAUGGUGGAUGGCGUACUUCAACCUACUGAGGCAUUUGGGUUGACAUUUGAUGGGGAGCUCUUCCUUGUGGAACUUUGUUUUAAACAGGAAUAGAAAGGUACUAGCCUAUCAUGGAGUACUUUUGAGAAUGCUGUUCUAUUAUAGGCUUAGGCUUGCAUAAAAUAGUUCUCUCAUAUGCCACAUUAGUUGCUGUCCAUAUGUUUCAUGCAUCAAUAUUUAUAGUAAUAAGUGGCUUUUAGGACUUGUUUAUGAUGUUGAAAUAAUCUUCUAUAUAUAAAGAGAACUUUACUAGAGUUCAACAGCAUAUUGCAUGCCUGUUGUGGUGGAUAUUUUAUAUACGCCAAAGUGUUCUUGCAUUCAAUAUUUCAGUCAAGCUUUUCAUUGUUUGUAAGUA